UUUGUGAAGAGUAAGCGUUUAUGACUUUUCCUAGAUAACAUAAUUGUAUAAACACUUUAUGAUGCAAUAAAGUAAAAAGGGUUUAGUAUAAAUAUAAGUGAAGACUGUAAAGUUAACCACACAAUGGCUGGUAACAUGUAUGCCUUCAUUUUUGCACUUCAUGUUUGUGCUCUCACUGCUUUGUAUAUAGUAGGUUUUUAUUCGUUACAUCCUCACAUUCUUCUUAACAUCGUUAAUUAUGUAUAGUUUAGGAAAAGUUGAAAAUAGGCAAAGCAUUACUAAAAGUUCAAUUUCAUUUAAGGAUGGGAAAACAAUAAAAAUUCCGACUGAAAAAGACAAAGGAAAUGCGAUCCCAGAAAAUGUUCCUGAAAGAUGCAAGAAAGUUGCUUUUAUAAAAGCACAUGGUAAAAACGAAGAUAUUGAUAAUCUCAGAAACUGCACUCAAUACUAUCCAACCUGUAAACACCAAGUUGGAACAUUAACUACAACAUACGCCGAAGAUUCAAAUGGAAAAACUUUAAUCAUCUUUCAAGCCACGGACAUUAAAAAGCAAGGAUGUUUGGGGUAUUUGCUUCAACUAACUGAUGAUAUUGAAACCAAAGAUGUUUAUUUCAAUUUUGAUAAUGAGGAUGCGGACUUUAUGAAAGUAAUUUACUUUCGUCUCGGAUUUACAUACAACUUUACUGUUACACCAUUGCCAGGAGGUGAAUCAUUAAGCAUAGUGACAAAGGCACCAACAAACUGUGAACUAGAAGUGAUCAAAAUCAUUUACUACAAACUUAAAAAGGAGAAGAAGUUGUUUGCAGAUUGUAAUCAGCCCAGUUAUACAGAACGAAAACGCAUCGCGACGGAAAUAUGCAAGAAAUAUCCUAGCAAUGGACCGAAUAGGUGGAGAACUACGCAGAACUUGCUGACUGAGCAAAAGUGCAAAUUUGUACUCCUUCCAAAUAACUCACUCUCAAGAUGAUACUGAUACUUUUCUUAAUAUUACUCCAUUGAUGGAUUUAACACAAGCUGACAGCACAAAAUUAUUAUACAGACGUAAAAACUAGCAUAAAUAAUAAUCAUACAAAAUAUAUCUUAUUCAACAUUCAAAGUGAUUCUAUGUGUUUUGGUCAACUCCUAUACAACUGCGUUUAAUUUUAUUUGACGAUAACAUUUUGUUAUGUAUACGAACAUUUAUCUUUAUUAAUGUACAAGAUAUUCUUUUGUAAGUGGUAGGCUCAAAUAAAAAACACGAUCGUUAAAUGCGCAUUGUGACACUAAGGCGGUUCCAACACAAACGAGGGUUUUAAGACCCGCACCUACCGAGACCAGGGUGGAGCCUAGGAAGUCAACGCUUUUAGAGACCCACAGUAGAUUGAAGGAAUAUAUAGCAAGAAGCCCUCUGUCUCACAGAUUUUGACCAUUAGAAAUAAACAUAAACAAACAAGUGAU